GUGUGCAGAAGUCGGGCAAGCCGAGGCGGCUCGUGGUUGCAUUUCCGCUUUCUUUCGGUGCGCGUAGUGCUGGAGGUCGCGUAAUCUCAAAAGUUCGGAGACACGUUGAAGGGAGCAACAAAACAAACGUUCGCUCCCCUCUGCGUUCUUCAAGCCAACUUGAUAGCGAUUGUUCGCGGUCGUCAAAUGAGAUAUGUUCAUUUAUGCCUGUGCUCGCGUGACACCAUGGUUAUUAGUAAGCUAAUGAUUACUGUUACGGCAGGUAAAACUACGUACCUUAGUUUGAGUUGUGGUCUAAUGCUUUGCUAUCGCUAUUAGUGCUUCGCGUUUUGGGUGAAAAUACGUGUUUUUUCUAUUUUCUUUUAGUCAAACGAGCCAAUAAUUUAACAUGGGAGUCGGUGGUUAGCGUUGACUAACUGCGAAGAAUAUACAAUUCUCUUUUUACCGCAACGUCACCCCUUCUCUUACAACUUGCAUUCAAAUUUCGCACAAUGAUGUAUAAUAUAAUUAUAUACAGCGUUGUUCCGGAGAAUACAUGUUGUAUAGAUUUCGCACGAAUUUUGCUUACAUACGCGUUUUGUUUUUUUUUCGCCUAGAGCUCUGCAAUGCGCUCUGCAUUGCUUUGUGAACACUAAUGAUGUUCUUUCGUUGCGUCUAUAAUUUCAGAAAUGAAAAAUGCAGCCGAGGCAAAGGCGCAAUGCAAUGUGCCAGGCACUGUGUCCGAGGCCUCAGUGUCAGAUGAAACCGUGGAAGCUUGCACAUCUAGUCUCUCCUCAGUGCAAUAUGAGAAGACUGUCCCAGUAGGUGCCUCCAUAGAAAAUGAAUCGGCCUGCAUGCCUGUGCAAGAAUCACAGCCUGGCUGCUCUAAAGACUCCGCACCGUGGCCCCAUGUGGAAGAGCCCCCACUUGACAGCCCAGUGGUUGCCAUGGAGAAAGAGAUCCGCGAUACUGAAUGCGGCCAAGGCUCCACUGCCCAGUGGUGAUAUCCAGAUUGCAGCUCCCCACGUCUACACAUGCAGCGAGCACACGUGU